AUGUACUUCUCCAAGAGAAACUUCGGCGGCGGCAGCCUCAUGGUCUGGGCGGCUUUCUGCGGCAACGGGACGGUAGCUCUUUCUUUUUUUGGGACCAGAACGAAUUCGCAAGACUACCAGCAACUGCUUGCCCAGCAUCUCCUGCCCUAUCUCCGUCGCCGACGACGUGCUAAUAUGAUUUACCAACAAGACAAUGCAUCUGUUCACGCGAGCAACUCCACAUUGGCUUGGUUUGCGGCCAAUAACGUGGUUCUUCUGGACUGGCCCGCGUGCAGUCCUGACCUCAACCCUGUAGAGAAUUUAUGGUCAGUCCUUGUACGAAGGGUCUACGCGAAUGCCAAGCAGUAUACAACGGUCAACGAUCUGAAAAGAGCGAUUCGUGCCGAGUGGGAUGGUUUGGACAAGUCACUGCUGCAAUCACUCGUUGGCAGCAUGCCGAACAGGAUUUUCGAAGUCGCUCAGAAACAAGGAGGCAUCACACAUUAUUAA